AUGAUGCAAGAUUCAAGACGCGAUUUUUUUUAUAAUCUACAUUUACUUUGCCUGUGUCACUGUCGCGUACUUACACGUUGUCAUUUUAUGAUUAUUUUUACGCAAAUCUUAUCAGAAUUUAUAUCUUCCAAAAUUUUAUUUUAUACUUUAAUUAUAACUUACCAAUCAUGUCGUCCCCCGAUGAGAGUUCUCAACUAAAAGCAGGCCAUCCCCCUGCAGUCAAAGCUGGUGGAAUGAGAAUUACCCAGCACAAGAUUCCACACACAAAAGAUGGCAAGGAAUUACCAAAUGAAGACUUAACUGGACUCUCAGGACCAUCUCCUGUACCGACCAAUCCAAUUUCAAUUGCUGGGGCUCCGAACAGAGGUAACGCUGACUUCACGCCUCAAGCAGCAAAGGUUGCUCAUAGUCCUAAGCCUCCAGCGAUUAUCAACAUUAAGCCCAACCCAAAUAUCCAACAACCUAGGAAGUAGACUGAUAAAUAAGGUUGUGAAAGUCAUAUCAACAACAUUGGCUUAAGUUGGGUGUUUCAUACAUGAUUAUUUAUUAAAAUGAACUGCAUUGUCAAUAUUAAGAGUAAAAUAUUUUUAGAAGAAUUCAGAUGACAUUCAAUGUUAAUUUAUUUAAAAAAAUAAAAAUUAUUAAACCUUUUUAUUUAAACCAAUGAACAGAAUAAUAUAACUAAAAAAACUAGUGUUAUUCUGUGUUUUUAUAAAAGUACUGCCAUUUAAAAAAAUAUUCAGCAAUUUAAACAAACAUUUACACUUGUAUAAAUAAUACAUUUUAAAACACCUAGCCUAAAGUUUGUUUUAAGCCUAGUGAUUAGUUUGAUAUAUAAAGAAAUGUCUUUAUUAAACAAAAAAAAAAUACUUAAAAUGUAUUUAUAACUAGAAAGUCAAUAAUUUUUUAUUGUAAAUUGUAAAAUAAAGGUUAUCUUAGUAUAACAAUCUAAUAAUGGGCCUGACCUUAGAAAAAAGAAAAAUUGAUAUUAAAUUUCUUUGUUUGUUUGUUCAUUUUCCUUUACAGCAUUUUAAGAUGUUUGUUAAUAUAUCUAUCUAUAAUUUAUAUUCAUAUUAAAAAUACCUUCCUAUUUCAUUUUAAAACGAUUAUGUUUCAGAAUAUAAAGUUUAUUAAUAAGAAAAAUGUUAUAAGCAGCAACUUAGUGAUAAGUUCAAAAUAAAAAGAUAUAUAUUACUUAUAAGAAGUUAAAACAUAAUCCUAUAUUUAGUCAAAUCUUUGUUAUCUUACAAAAUGACAUUCCUCAGACAUUUUAUGUAAAGAAAAUGUACUUACUUUUUAUUUUUUUCGCUUUAUAAUUAAAAAUUUAUAUAUAAAUUAAAAAAAAAACUAUUAUAUUAGGAUUAAAAAAUUGGGUGCUAACAUGUUUUCAUUGGUUGCAUUAUUUUAACAUUCCUAAUUAAUUUCUAGAUUUCCUGAAUUAUUUUUGUUACAUAAUGAUCUUUUAUAAUUUCUAAAGAAUUGAUGGUUAAAAUGUUUUAUCAUUUGAGACAAUGUUGACCAUUUUUUUAUAAUUAUUUUUUUAUUAUUUCUUUCCUAAGUUUUAAAUAAAAUUAUCAAAAU